AUGAUAAAAGUGGAUGUCUUGGAUAAUCAAGUGGAGCAGCAUUCUGUUUCAGUGAAUAAAGUAGAAGAAUCUCUUGUUGUGCCCAUGCAAGAGGAAGAAGAGGAGCAUAAUUUGGAAGAAGAAGAGGAGCAAGUAACGGAGAAAGAAGAAGAGGAAGAGGUGAAACAGGACGAUAAUGAUGAUGAGGAUGAUGGUGAAGCUGAUGAAUAUGGUUUUAAGGAGGAAGUAAAUGAGAAUGGAGGGCAUCAGUCUUUUAGUUCUGGUAGUGGAAAUUACUUUAGUAGUGAUGAAGAAAUUUAUGAUUCUGAGUCUUCGAUUGAUUCAGAUGCUUAUCGUCGUUCUCCUAGAAAUUUCGAUGAGAAUAACAAAAAUCAGUUUAUUCCUAAUGGGUUUGAAGAAUUGUUAAAUGAUGGAAAUUUAGGAGUUGAAUUAACAACAACAAGUAAGAAAGUCCAAGGUUCAGAAUACAGCAAGGGUUCUUCUAAUUCUGGUAAGAGGCGAGGACGCAAAGCUGCAAUCGAAGGGAAUAAAAAAAAAUGA